CUAUUCAGCCUUGCGCCCAUCCUCGACUAAUUGCUUCAAGACCCAGGCAAAUAUACGUCAGGGCUCAACAAACCUCACAACUGUAUUCAGCAUCUGUGCAGCUGCAUUCCUUUAGCAAGAUCGUGAGAAGGAUCCACGAUUGCAGAUACACCGCCUGAUUGAAGUCGCUGCUGUGUAAUCGCCGCCAAGAUCGUCGUGAAGUUGAGUAAUCGAACUGUAUCGGCUCCCGUUGCCGAGCGUCCAAAUGGUGUUUGGCCAGUUCAAGAACCUUAUUCGACACGGCAAAGCAGCCAAAGAAGAAGCUACUGCCUCAUCGCCUCAAGGCUCUACCAAUCACAGUAACGGAUCAAAGAUGCGUCAAGUCCCAGACUCUCACUACCAAGCGCUGGAUACGUUGGAGCCGAUGGCUGGACAGUCCACUGUCUCUCCAACGCCGGCCACUGCCAAAGGCACCAUGGCUGCUCCUGUCACCGCCACCGCCCAGCAAGGCGGCCAAAAGUCGACGCAGCACCCGCAAAAUGGUGGCGCACAAGCGCAUUUGGACGAAGCUCGAGCUCGAGUCGCCGGCAGUGUUCACAGCCACAGUCAGCGCGCAAACUCGUAUCAAGAGGAUAAUGUGGCGCAGUACAAUCCUCAAUCAGAAAAGAUCGUGCAAGAAGAGAGGGCUGCUUCGGAGAAACUGCCGUCGUACGAGGGCUUGUCUGACCGGUUCACUUUGAUCAAGAAGAUGGGAGAUGGUGCCUUUUCCAACGUAUACAUGGCCAGGGAUCAAAAGACGGGACAGAAAGUGGCAAUCAAGGUCGUUCGAAAGUAUGAGCUCAACUCUAACCAGGAUCGUCUCGAUCCACAAUUCCGCAAAAAGAAUCGCGUCACAGAGGUUCGUAGCCAGUGUUUUCCAUUUCCUCGGUCGGGUGGUCGAGCUUGCAAGGGAAUGCUGUCGGCCACAGGUCGCAGGCUACUCGCUCGCGAGACGUCGUGCGGGUCGUCGCUGGAUGAUCUGUACGAGUCUUCACCACGAAGGGCUUGGCACUGCUCUGCUUCAGAGUGAUCCGUGUCAUCGUACCUCAGCAAGCCGACGCGAUUCUGACGCUUUCCCCUCCUGUCUCCACUUGCUCACUUUCCGACGUAAUUCGCCACGGUGCUACGAUGUUGCGUGCGGUCC